AUGGCUGAAAAGCAAAAGGUUGUGGUUGUUGGCGCUGGGCCUGUCGGCUCACUUGCUGCGCUUUAUGCAGCUCAGAGGGGAGAUGAUGUCGAGAUCUAUGAGCUCCGAGAUGAUCUAAGAGACCCCUCGACAACACCACUCAACUUUACACGAUCGAUCAACCUCGCGCUUUCGGAGCGAGGCAUCAACGCCAUGCGCCAUUCGGGGCAGCCAAAACUGUUGGAUCAUGUGAUGGCUGCUACCAUCCCCAUGAGAGGAAGGAUGAUUCACGGCAAGCGGCCCAACGGGCAAAUCUUUGAGCAAGCACAGGACUACGAUGCUCAUGGGAGGGCAAUUCUUGCCGUAGACCGUGGAGGCCUAAAUAAGCGUCUACUGGACAUCCUGGAAGGCAUGCCGAAUGUGACCUUCUACUUUAACCACAAGUUGACCGGAGCCGAUUUCCGGAAAUGCAAGGCUUGGUUUGAAAUCCAGGGGAAGGAGUCGUCGACAGGCCGGGCAAGGGAGAUCGAGAUUGAUUUUGACCUCAUGAUAGGGGCAGAUGGCGCUCACUCCGCUGUAAGGUACCACAUGAUGAAGUUCACCCGCAUGGACUACCAUCAGGAGUACAUCGAUACGCUCUGGUGCGAGUUUCAGAUCAAGCGAAAGGAAGAUGCCCCGGAGAACGAGCCAAUGGCCAGGUUCAGGAUAUCGCCCAAUCACUUGCACAUCUGGCCUGGCAAGGAGUUCAUGUUUAUUGCCAUCCCAAGCGACGACGGCUCAUUCACCUGUACUCUCUUUGCGCCAAGCGAGGUGUUCGAGAGGCUCGAGAUCAACCCGGAUCAGAUCCCCUCCUUCUUCGACCACCACUUUCCCGGCGUCACCGCCCUCAUCCAGCCGUACGAGCUCAUCACGUCUUUCCACCAGAACCCACACCUGCCCCUCAUCAGCAUCAAGUGCAAGCCCUACCACUACGGCUCCUCGGCCGUGGUCCUCGGCGAUGCCGCCCACGCCAUGGUGCCAUUCUACGGCCAGGGCAUGAACGCGGGCCUCGAGGACGUCCGGAUCCUCUUCGGCAUCCUCGACAAGCACUCGCUCAUCGGCGGCCGCGACGACGACGACGAGGAGAGCCGCUCGGCCGUCGUCCGCUCCUCACAGCGCGAGGCGGCCCUGGCCGAGUACACGGCCGUGCGCGCCCCCGACGCCCACGCCAUCAACGACCUAGCCCUGCAGAACUACGUCGAGAUGCGGUCCGAGGUGCUGUCGCCCAUGUACCGGCUGAGGAAGUUCCUCGAGGAGUCGCUGUCGGUGCACCUGCCGGGGCUCGGCUGGCAGACCAAGUACGCCAGGGUGUCCUUUGGGAACGAGAGGUAUUCCGAGGUCGUGGCGAGGAGCGACUACCAAGGCAAGGCUCUGGUGCGGGGGUUCUUUGGCGCCGUGGGACUGCCGCUGCUUGCCGGUGGGUUCCUGCUAUACUUUAGGCACCGGGGGGCGUUGAAAUCGGCUGUGCGAGCGUGUUUUGGGUGGUUGUGUAGGUCUGUGAGGAGAUGA